AUGGCGGACAAGCUGGAGACUGAGGCCAAAACGGCCGCGACACUGGUUAAGAAAGGAUCGGCAGUAGCCAUCGCCCAAGAUGGUGGUGGGACUUCAAAGCUUGAGGUCUGGUCAACGGCAGCGCCGGCGGUCCGGAAAGAUCCCGAUUUGAUGUUUGCUCUUUGCUCUGUGGAGCCUGGUUCCACUGCAAGCAAGUUUAUGCUGAAGCAAAAACAGCCUCCCAGCGACGAAGUCUUCGAAGCUACUGCCAGUCAAGUGUUUAAUGCCAACACAAACUUGGAUCCCAUGACAUACAGUGACGUCGGGACUAUCCCGCAUCAGAACAUCCCGUGUGUCUUGGAUUUUCUGCGGAUCCGCUUUAUGAACAACGCUAUGUAUACGGCUGUGGAGCCGCUAAUUGUGGCCAUCAAUCCUUUUCAAGAUCUUCACAACGGGACUGCUGAGGUUAUCGCUCAAUACCGUGAUGCAGCUGACUCUGACAAGCUGCCUCCACACAUUUUUCAGAUAUCGCGGCGGGCCGUUGACAAUCUCCAUGGAGUGAGAAAGAGCCAAACCAUUGUGGUUUCCGGAGAAUCUGGAGCCGGAAAGACGGAGACUACGAAGCAGCUGAUGAAGUACUUCGCCAGUGCAAGGUCAGGAAACUUAGACGCGCGCAUCCAGCAGGCCAUCAUGGCAGCAAAUCCAGUGCUCGAGGUGAAUCAAGGCACUGUCGGGGCACUUUCGCUGCAUGCUGCCGUUGAAGCGCUGUUUAUGAAGAGUAAGAAGUUUUUUGUUUUUCGCUUCUGCUCUGGAUGUCAACAGGCUUUCGGCAAUGCGAAGACCGUCCGGAACAAUAAUAGCAGUCGUUUUGGACGUUUCAUGCAAUUAGAUGUGGCGAAGGGAGGUGGCAUUCGUUACGGCUCUGUCCUCGCUUUUCUUUUGGAGAAGAGCCGAAUCCUGACCCAAGAUCGGAAUGAGCGCUCCUACCAUAUCUUCUAUCAAAUGCUCAAGGGGAGCUCUCCACAAAUGAAGGAGCGCUACAAGCUGUUGAGCUGCAGCAAGUAUAAGUUUCUCAACCCACACUGUAUCGAUGCUCCUGGAGUCGAUGACCUUGAAGAAUUUGAAGCUGUAGUGAAGGCGUUUGAGUCCAUGGGCUUGAAGGAGGAGCAGCGCCACACCAUAUGGUCCGUUGUGUCAGGGGUGUUGCUUCUGGGAAACGUGACAACAGCUGGCAAGAAGGAGGGCGGGGUUGACAACGCUGCAGUAAUAGCUGGCGAAAGUUUACGCGUUCUCAAGGACGCCUGUGACCUUCUGUUUUUGGAUGGAGAUCGCAUUCUGACGGAGCUAACUGUCAAGGUUACCUACGCUGGCAGCAACAAGAUCGAAGGACGAUGGACAGCCGAGGACUCAGACACGCUCCGUGGCUCUCUAGCGAAAGCGGUAUACGAGAAGUUGUUUCUGUGGAUUAUCCAAGCUCUCAACUCCACAAUAGAGCCCCAGGGGGGAUUCCAGACAUUUAUGGGACUCUUAGAUAUUUUCGGCUUUGAAGUAUUCCAGAACAACUCUCUUGAGCAGCUGUUUAUUAACAUCACGAAUGAAAUGCUUCAGAGUACAUUUACAGAAGUGGUUUUUGCAAGAGAGAGUGCUCUUUAUAAGAGCGAAGGCAUUACGGCGAAGGAUAUUGAGUUCACGGCCAACACUGACGUCAUAAGCGUAUUGAUUGAUAAGGGAAAUUCCGUCCUCAGUGUUCUGGAAGACCAGUGCUUGGCGCCUGGGGGCAGCGAUGAAAAACUUGUCAGCGCGUGCUGCACGAAGCUUAAAUCCUGCCCAAGAUUUGUGCCGGCCAAGCUUGACGCUCAGAGCUCUUUCUUUGUAAAGCACACCAUUGGAACAAUCAAAUACAAUGCGCAGGGAUUUAUAUUUAAGAACAAGGACGUUCUGCGCCCUGAAAUGGUUGAAGUUGUGCAGGCUUCGAGAAACUCAGUUGUGCGGGCUCUUUUUGAAGGGGUGAAAGUUGAAAGAGGGAAGAUGGCGAAAGGGUCUCUGAUCGGCUCGCAGUUCUUAGCGCAGCUGAAUAAGUUAAUGUCACUGAUUGGCUCAACAGAAUCUCACUUCAUCAGGUGUGUAAAGCCCAACGAGGAGAAGAAGCCUCUCUUGUGGAUCCAGAGCAAAGUGCUCAUUCAGUUGCAUGCACUCUCAAUUAUCGAAGCUUUGCAGCUUCGUCAGCUUGGAUAUUCGUAUCGGCGUCAGUUCCAGGAAUUUGUUGAACAGUUCCAGUUCAUCGACAUUAGUGCGGCUAAACAGACGGACAAGAAGGCUGCCACGCAAGCAAUACUUGCCUCGGCGAAUCUGGAGAGCGGUAUGCUACCCCGUACAUUGCUGUCGUGA